GGCCCUCUGCCAGAGAUGGUCCCUGUCCUAGAGAGCCAGGCAGGAAGAACCUAUACUGACAGAGAUGGGAGAGGAUGACGGAGAUUAUCAACACCUGCUGCAGCCUGUGCACAGAUCUGCUAGAUCUUUGGUUCCUUUUGGGUUUCAGGAUGGAAAUUCUGCCCUUGGAAUCGCUUCCAAGUACACCCACAUGUACAAACAUAAACCGUCUCUCUGUCACUCCAACCGAUUUUCCCCAGAGUGAACCCAGCUGUAACAGGCAUCGGAGCUCUCCACACUAACCGCAAGACAAAGGGAAAGCACUGGAGCAUCAAGCGGCCCAGAGCCCUGGGAGCGUGAGUGAGUGGACCGUCACGUGACGAGGGGAAGCAGCUCAAAGCCCAUUACAAGAUGAGAAAAAUAUGCCCUGAGCGAAGGAGAGCCAAACCCCGGAGCUGCUGCAAGACACAGGGGACACAAGGAGCGGCAGAAACUUCGGAAAAGGUUAGCAGGCUUUAAAUUCAAAGUCCUCCAGCUAGAAGGAAGCUGUUUGAAGCCGUUGCACGGUCCCCGCUUAAUUGGGCGGUGAUGAUUUGCCGUGGAAUGGUUGUUUAAGACCCGUAGAGCUUUCCAGUAGAUGUCAGCGUCUCGCCGAAGAUAUUAGUCUCGGUGGUGCCAUGAUCGUGUGGGUGUUCCUAGCCUGGCUCGGUCCAUGUGCCGCCAACCAGCUCCUCGGUGCCUUUGCCAAAGGGGACUUCCAGAAGGGCUCCCCACAGCUCGUCUGCAGCAUGCCGGGGCCUCAAGGUCCCCCUGGCCUGCCAGGGGCACCGGGGCUUUCUGGGAUGGUGGGCCGGAUGGGCUUCCCAGGCAAAGAUGGGCAGGAUGGAAAAGACGGGGACAGGGGUGAGAAUGGAGAAGAAGGUGUACCAGGGCGAACGGGAAACCCGGGGAAGCCGGGGCCGAAGGGGAAGGCCGGGGCCAUCGGCAGAGCCGGCCCACGAGGACCUAAGGGCCUCCGGGGGAAUCCAGGCCGGAAUGGAGCUGCCGGGAAGAAAGGGCCCAAAGGGAAGAAGGGAGAGACGGGGCUGCCCGGCCGCUGCAGCUGUGGGGCCGCCCGGGCCAGAUCCGCCUUCUCGGUGGCCGUCACCAAGAGCUACCCCCGCGAGAGGCUGCCCAUCAAGUUCGACAAGAUCCUGAUGAAUGAGGGCGGCCACUACAACGUAUCCAGUGGCAAGUUCGUCUGCGGCCUGCCUGGGAUCUACUACUUCACCUACGACAUCACGCUGGCAAACAAGCACCUGGCCAUCGGGCUGGUGCACAACGGGCAGUACCGCAUCCGGACUUUCGACGCCAACACCGGCAACCACGACGUGGCCUCGGGCUCUACCAUCCUCUCCCUGAAGGAGGGGGAUGAGGUCUGGCUGCAGAUCUUCUACUCCGAGCAGAACGGCCUCUUCUACGAUCCUUACUGGACCGACAGCCUGUUCACUGGCUUCCUCAUCUACGCCGACCAGGAAGAUCCCAACGAAGUGUAGGAGGAAAGUGGGCGUGCACUGGGGGAGAGGGAAAUGGGAUGGGAUGGGAGCCUUGGAAACUCUGCUUCCAGAGAGGGAAUGAUCCUCCCACCAGUCACUGCCUGGGAUGGAAGGAUUGCCGGUUCUCGCUCCCAGAGCCCUAAUCAUUAGAGAGAUGAUCGUCUCCCCGUUCCCUGAACCUUCCAGAAGCUUCCAACCUGUCUCCAGCUACAGGACUACUUGCUCUACCUUUCCAUGGACCCUGGUCAGACUGUGGUACACCAGCGAUUUGGCACUUUUUGGAAGUCAGAGUCAACCACCGUGCAGUUGCCGUUUAACGAACACUCGUUGCUCUCUGCUUGCCGGCCAGGUGUCAUCUCUGUCCACCACGAGGCUUUCCACGCCUGGCUCCCCCUGCUUCGGAGGUGGAGUUGGUGAAAGGGAUCAUUCUGGGGCGGAGAGAGAAGAGUCUGCAGUGCACAGGCCUGCUCUCGCUUCCUCAUUUCUCCUGGUCUGUACUUGAUACUUGCAAAUCCAGAACUUUUGAAAAAAAGCAAAUGUGUUCUGGAAUAGGGAUGUUUUCAUCCCACAGUCUGUUCCAAGGUUGUAAAGAACAGAUCCAGAUCUGGGGAGCAUGCUCAGAGUGGGAGUUUUUAGGAUGGGUAUGGUGGGGUUGGGGUAGAGGGGAAUAAAUAUUGCACUAUUAUGUGUGGCCUA